GAUCGUGUCGUUUUCAAACCCGACCUACCAAAUCCCCAAAUUAUCCGCUCGCCGUCACCGGGCCGGAGCUCCGUCCCGGCGUACUCUGACCCUCGAACGGAACCCUAACCGUCGCGUCCGAUCCUCAUUCUCCGGUGCACUCAUAACCUCCAAGUGCUCGCACAAUUGCCUGCCUCCUCUCCACUGUCUUCUCCGUUCAAAGCGCCCAUUACUGUAUACGUUCAGUGCCCGGCAUCUGCAAUACCCGAUUGUGCGUUGACUAGAAAGCUCUCUGAAUCGCUGUCGAUUCAUUUAUUGGUUUGUCAGUGGUCAGGAUGGGGGCAAUGACGUCGUCCGUGGCUGCAAAGUUUGCGUUUUUUCCGCCUAAUCCACCGUCUUAUGAGGUGGUGAUGGAGGGGGCCGCCGCGAAAUUGAAGAUGACGGAGGUGGAGGAGAGGGAGAACGUGGAUGUGUUGAAGCUGGCUACCAAGAGAGGGACGGAAAUUGUUGCAGUGUACGUGAGGAACCCGGCAGCUAAGCUAACUCUGCUGUACUCUCACGGGAAUGCCGCCGAUCUGGGUCAGAUGUAUGGGUUGUUCUGUGAAUUGAGUCGUCAUCUCCGAGUCAAUCUGAUGGGGUACGACUAUUCAGGGUAUGGACAGUCUAAUGGCAAGCCAAGUGAGGAGAACACUUAUGCUGACAUAGAAUCUGCAUAUAGAUGUCUCAAGGAGACAUAUGGUGUGAAAGAAGAAGACAUAAUCUUAUAUGGACAGUCUGUUGGCAGUGGGCCAACUAUAGAUUUGGCAUCUCAUUUGCCAAGGUUACGGGCUGUAGUUUUGCAUAGUCCAAUAAUGUCUGGACUGAGGGUAAUGUAUCAUGUGAAGCGGACAUAUUGGUUUGACAUAUAUAAGAAUGUUGACAAGAUACAUUUGGUUGAGUGCCCUGUUCUAAUUAUACACGGAACUGCUGAUGAUGUUGUCGAGUGUUCCCAUGGGAAGCAGCUUUGGGAACUUUGUAAACAAAAGUAUGAACCACUAUGGGUUAAGGGCGGUAAUCAUUGUGACUUGGAGCUCUACCCUGAAUUCAUUAAACAUCUUAAGAAAUUUGUCUCUGCUAUUGAGAAAUCAUCACACUUGACAAGAGAUUUGUCAGUACCACCACGCAUUGAUGCUAUAGACAAUCCUCGAAAUAGCACUGAUUGCAGUGGACCUGGAGAAAGCAGUGUGCAGACCACCACAAAUUUUAGGCCCAGUACAGAGAAAAGGGAGAAGCCUAAAAGAAGCAUAGACUUCAGAGAAAAAUCAAGAAAUAGUGUUGAUAGGAGAGAUAAAACACGUAAGAGUGUAGAUCAAGCUGAAAAGCAGAAUUCCAAUACAGAACCCACAGAGAAAGCAAGGAACAGCAUAGACCGCUUAGGUGGCAUGAUGAGAUCCGCUGUAUUAUGCAAUAUUGAUUGUUUCAAACCAACAGGAGCUAAGGUUGCGGGAUAGGGGAAAAAGGUCAUUUUUCGUUACACACUAGAGGUUCAUGGCUGCUACUAUUAUUCUUAAUUUAUUUUUCUUGUGAAAUUUGUUGGCUGGUGGGCAUUCUUUCCUUUUGUAUGUUGUUGUUACCUUUCAUUGGCAGAUAAUGUAUUCCUUUCUUUUGAAUUCGUGUGAAAGAAGAUAUAUUUUAGCAGUUUUUCACUUUAAGCUAAUUUUGAUUUAUUGAAUGGCCUAAUCUACCACUGU